AUGUUGAAAGAGUAUCUAUCGUUUGAGGAUGUCACAAAGUUGUUGGACAGUGCACCAUCAUCUGUAGAGAAUGUCCUUGCACAGGACUGCAGCGAGGACUUUGGACGAGUCUUCAGAUUUGUAUGCGCCUUCAGUCCACAUGUAUGCAAGCAGGAAUUUAAGGAGUACAGAUUUGAAAGCAUUGCCAGACAGGGCAUACGGACACACUUGAAGAGUCAUAUAAAUGAUGCAAAGGCAAAUUAUUCAGAAGAGGAAAAGAAAACUUUUUCUACCAGAAAUCAGUUAUUCAAAAGCAGUAAAAAUGGUAAGAUAUAUUUGUGA